ACGAUGACGAUGACCUCCUCCUGCUCGGCCCUGACCUUUGACCCCCCGAAGACCUCCUACAAGAUCCUGAUGCUGCUGCCCUUGUCUUCCCGCAGCCACAGGACCAUCUUCUUGACCUUGGCGAGAGCGCUGGCGGAUCGAGGUCACAAGGUCGAACUGCUGGUGAACCACGAGCCGACGGCGCCCUACCCGAACGUCACGGAGAUCUACCACGGCCUCGACCACUUCAAGGAGGACAAAUUCCGGCUGUUCUCCUCCCGCGAGCGCCCCUGGGAGAUAUUUCGGCUUCUGCGGGAGGGUCUUCCCGCAAUGACGCGAGACCUCUAUCAAAAUCCCGCCGUGUGGGAUCUCUACCUCAGGAGGACGCAGUUCGAUGUGGUUCUCAUCGAUAAUUUUUAUAAUCAGAUGGUGUAUCCCUUCGCGCAGGACUUGCCCUACAUAUCCAUCUCCGCCUCCGGAAUGGAUCACACGCAGAGUUCUCUCCUCGGCAACGUCCUCAACCCUGCCUACGUGACUGCUAUCCCCGUGGAGUUCCCUCAGCCCUUGGGUUUCCUUCAUCGCAUCCUCAACUUGGCUGUUCACCUCUGCAGUGGAUUUAUACGUUAUUAUGUGAUACUGCCGAGGAUUCAGCAAGAGAUCUCGGCAAUCUUCCCCAAGGUGCCGCCGCUGGCAGAGCUCGAGAGGAACCUGAGCUUGGCACUGUACAACUCCCACUUCGCGAUGGGCCGUGUCUUGCCCCUCUUGCCCGCGCAGGUGGAGAUCGGGACGAUGCACUGCCACCCGGGGUCCCCUUUGCCCCAGGACCUGAAGGAGUGGAUCGAGGGCGCGGGGUCGGCAGGAGUCGUGUACUUCAGCUUGGGCACCGUCGCCCUCGGGAACACCAUGCCCGAGCGAUGGCGGGACCUGUUCGUGCAAGCCUUCAGGAGGCUGCCUCAGAGGGUGGUGUGGAAGUACGAGGGCGACCUCGAGGGCGUCUCGGAGAACGUGCUCAUCCGAGGGUGGCUUCCCCAGCAAGAUAUCUUGGCACACCCAAACGUCAAAGUCUUCAUCACCCACGGGGGAAUGCUAAGCACCCAGGAGGCUAUGUACCACGCCACGCCCAUGCUGCUGCUCCCCAUCUUCGCCGACCAACCAAGGAACGCCCACAUUGCUCAAGAGGGCGGUGUCGGGCUGACGCUAGGCUGGGGCGAGCUGUCGGUGCAGCUGGUCGUCGACGCUGUGGGGCGGCUGGUUGCUGAUGGGAGAUACAAGGCAAACAUUCAGGCAGUAUCAUCAGCACUGAAGGACCAACCGGAGACCCCCCUCGAGCGCGCCGUGUUCUGGACCGAAUACGUGAUCCGACACCGAGGAGCUCCCCGUCUCAGAUCCCCCGCAGCCGAACUGACUUGGGUGGAAUACCUCAUGAUUGAUAUAAUCUUGCUGUUUCACUUGUUAGCCAUUACCUUGUACCUCCUCGUCCGCCACGUCUCCAGGUUCCUGUGUCGCAAGGCUGUCCCCCAAACUACGACGAGAAGGAAGUGUGAAUGACGUGUCAGGUUAUUCCUUUAGUUUAUUAUUAUUUUUUAGUAGAUCUGGUUUUGAUAUGAAAUAUGACCUCAUUUUACUAUAAUGCAUCAUCAUUUGUUUUACAUCAUCCUUUUUCAUGUAUGAAAUCUGUUUUCCGACAUGAUCCAGUUAUCAACGAGGUUGAAAUUUUGUGAUAUUAAAUGAUCUUGUAAUUCCCAUGUUUUUGCACAUUAAUGCCAUGAGCAAAGACACUCAUAAAUAUAAACUCAUGCCACACCACA